AUGGCACAUCAGGAUAACUUCAAUCCACAAAUACGAGUUGAAUGUGGGAUCAUUCUAUUGAAAAUGUAUUUGAGAGAAGACCUCUUGAGGGUAGAUGAGAAUUGGAUUGCUGCUCGAUUUGAUUCACUACCUCAUGUUGUUCACAUUUUGACAUCAAAAGACCGUGAUGCUGCUGCCCACUUUUUGAAGGAGCAAAGUGAUAUUAUUGAGGAUGUUGUGGACGAAGUAGUACAUUCCUACCAUAGUGGCUUCAACAGAGCUAUCCAAAACUAUUCUCAGAUCUUGAAGCUCUUCAGUGAAUCCACUGAUAGUAUAUCUGUCUUAAAAGUAGAUCUGGCAGAGGCAAAGAAGCGCCUAAGUGCUCGCAAUAAGCAAUUGCAUCAACUCUGGUAUCGAUCAGUCACACUGCGACAUAUAAUAUCCUUAUUGGAUCAAAUUGAAGACAUUGCUAAGGUACCAGCGCGCAUUGAGAAGCUCAUUACAGAGAAGCAAUUUUAUGCUGCGGUUCAAUUGGAUGUGCAAUCAAUAUUGAUGCUUGAGCGAGGUCUACAAAAUGUUGGGGCGCUUCAGGAUGUCCGUUCUGAUUUAACAAAGUUACGUGGAGUUCUCUUUUAUAAGAUUUUGGAGGAUUUGCAUGCCCAUUUAUACAAUAAGGGGGAAUAUAGUGCUGUUGGCUCAACUUUGUUAGAGAAUGAUGAUGAAAUACCAACCACCAUUGCUGUUGCCCUUACUGCACACAAUUCUCAAUCCCUGUCUCGAAGAACAAGAUCACUCAAAGGUGACAAUAAAAAUAGUCUCCAGAUUGAUGGAUCGUAUAGGCCUGGAUCUAUGGAUGGAGGUUCUUUCGAUGGCCAUGAAGAGGCAGAUUCAAAUGAGGAAGCUACCUCAGAUGUACCAAAGGACUCCAAUAAUGCUCUUCAUCAAAUGCCAUCAUGGCUUUUGAAUUCGACACCAGAUGAAUUUCUUGAAACAAUUACAAAGAGUGAUGCUCCGCUUCAUGUGAAGUAUCUUCAGACCAUGGUUGAGUGCCUUUGCAUUCUUGGCAAAGUUGCAGCUGCUGGUGCUGUUAUAUGCCAAAGAUUGCGGCCAACAAUUCACGAGAUAAUUACAUCAAAGAUUAGAGCUCAUGCAGAGCUUUUGAAUUCAUCAAGGUCUAGCACUGGUCAAGGUUCUCAGCCUGGAACAGGUAAUAUGCACUUCAUAAAAGGUCAGCUGGAAAGUUAUCAGCCGCCAAAACAGAAGCGUAAGAAUGGAAUAUCUAUAGCUGGGACUCUGUUAGCUGUGAGCCCCGUAUCACCUCUUAUGGCUCCUGGUGGGAAAGCACAGGUUGCUGCUAGGGAACUUCUUGAUUCAAUUUUUGAUGCUGUUGUUCGAUUAUUUGAGAAUCAUAUUAUUGUUGGGGAGCUCUUGGAAGCAAAAGCCAAUCAGCAUUCUGACAUAAACACGCCCAAAUCAAUGAUGCCAGUAGAUGUAAAUUGGAAUCCUGACUCUGAAGCAUCUCAAGUCACCGGAGGUUACAGCAUUGGUUUCUCCCUGACGAGUGAAUGCCAACAACUAAUAUGUGAAAUUCUGCGGGCCACUCCUGAAGCUGCAUCUGCUGAUGCUGCUGUUCAAACAGCUAGGCUUGCAAGCAAAGUCCCUUCCAAAGAUAAAAGGCAAGUUUUAAAUCCAGGAAACAGCCUCUUUGUUUGUGGGGAUAAGGCUGCAAAAAUAUACCCUCCUCCCCAGAUCGUGAGGGAACCUUUUCCACCUGGCUUCCCUUUUUUAUUGGAUGGAUCAGAAGAUGGUCUUACCUUUGCAUUUCGCUUUACAGAUGCUACAAUAUCUAUUCCUAACCAGGGAGUUGAUCAUGUUCGCCAAGGUUGGAGUAGGAAGGGUCCCAAUGUGCUACAAGAGGGUUAUGGUUCUGCAGCAGUGUUGCCUGAGGAAGGCAUUUAUCUAGCUGCAUCCAUAUACCGACCUGUGCUUCAGUUUACUGAUAAACUUGCUUCAAUGCUGCCAACAAAGUACUCUCAACUUGGGUGA